CCCCGAACCACCACGAACUACGAACCAGUUCCUAGGCCGUUCCGCACGAGUUGGCAGCUCACUUUUCGAGUGGGGUGUUAAAGGGUUGUCAGGGGCAACGACCAACUGCCAAAACAUAAAAUAAAGAAAAAGGAAAAAGCAAAAAGCAACUGUCGGAGAGUGAAAAGUCCACUGAAAAUAUUAAACUCAAUUAAUGCGGCGUACUGAGCAAUUGCAGAAGUGAAACCUGAUCUCAAUUGAUGGCGGAAGUGCACAUAAUUGGACAAAUAUUGAAAGCAGUUGAUUUCGACGAGCCGCAUCUCUACUGCACGUGGACACUGCAGAGCGGCAGCGCCUGGCGCUUGAUUCAGGGCGAGUUACACGGCCAAACGCACGUCUCAUCGAACCGCCUGGAGAGCUGCUCUGACUUUGCGGCGCCCUUGGACAUACACCUGAGCAGCGCCUCCAUUCAGGGCUGGCCCACACUGCUGGUGGAGGUGCACGCGGUGAAUGUGCUGCAGCAGUCGUGGCCCGUUGGCUACGGCUUCGCCCACAUACCGUGCACGCCCGGCGCCCAUCGUCUGCAGAUAAACACCUGGAAGGUGGCACCCAACGGCUGGUGGCAGAGCAUACGCGAGCGCUUCGGCGGCGGCGGUGCAUCGCUCAGCAAAACAGAUUUGCUAUUCUCGGGCGUGGAGCGUUAUAAGCUGCAGACACGCAGCUCGGGCAAGAUCAUUGCCGAUCUCAACUUGAUCUUUCGCAAAUUCGAGGAAUACGGCGUGGAGUUCCAUUAG